AGAUCACCCACAGCUGCCCCUUGGGAACUCACUGUGUGGAGGUGGUCUGGCCCUGGGAGCUUCCUGGCCUGACCUUUGCCCUCCCCCCCAUUUCCUGCAGUGGCCGGGGGAGGGCAGCCACCAGCUCCAGUCCCAGGCCCUGUCUACGCUGCCACGGCAGGGCAGCCUACCUCCCCUGCCUCCCCAGCUCUGGGGGCUGAUGCUGGCCCCUCGGGAUAAACCCAGGAGAAUCUGAGCUGUCCCCAAGACCUCUUGUUGAGCGGCUACCCUGGGGCUGGCCAGAUGUUGCACAGCCUGCCAGGCCUAGGAGGAGCUCUGCAGCCCUCAAGUCCCUCAGCACUGUGGCCUCUGGGGCCUCACACCUGGGAUGGACACAGGCAUAGAGGCCACAUAGGUGGGGUUCUUGGCAGGGUGGCCCUGCCUCUGGUUGGUUUUUUUUUUUCUUUGUUUUUUUUUAAAUUUUAUUUUUUUAAUAAUUUUUUUUGGUUGCGUUGGGUCUUUCUCUAGUCGCAACGAGCAGGAGCUACUCUCCUGUGAGGUGUGUGGGCUUCUCGUUGCAGUGGCUUCUCGUUGCGGAGCAUGGGCUCUAGGCACACAGGUUUCAGUAGUUGUGGCACAUGGGCUCAGUAGUUGUGGUGCAUGGGCUUAAUUGUUGCAUGUGGCAUCUUCCCAGACCAGGGCUCGAACCCGUGUCCCCUGCACUGACAGGCGGAUUCUUAACCACUGCACCACCAGGGAACUCCCCCUGCCUCUGAUUUUGACUGGGACCUGGGUGAUGCAGGAUGGCCCUGGCAGGAGAGAGGUACCAUGGGGCAGAGGCUGAGGUGGGCAUGGUGGUUCUGGCCCCCUACCUGAGCAGCCUGGCACCUGACAGUAGUGCCCAGGGGUGGGAGGUCCCUUCUCACCAGGCACAAAGGUCCAUUUCCAUGCCUGGGUCUCUGCUGCAGAGAACCACAGCCCGGGAGCGGCUCCCACCAGACGGAGGGGCAGGACUAGGGGGCAAGUCCUCACCAGGUAGGCCACCAAAGCCACAAGGUCGCUUGUUGAGACACAAUGGCCCCUAUUUUUCCAUCUCCUACCCAUCCAGGACCCCCAGGCAGGGAGGACGCGGGCUGCCUUUUGUUGGGCGAAGCACUGUGCGAGGCAUUCUUCACACAUUUGUUAUCCUCCAGUGAACCUCUGCACUGGGUAUCCUAUCUCCAUCUUACAAACAGAGAGACCGAAGCUCAAGGAAAGGAAGUGACUUGCCCAGGUCACACAUAAUAUCAGAGCCUGGGAUUCCAGAUCAGUUCCACAGCCCCCCGGAGCCUUCUGCUCUCACUGGCAGUGAGACCAUAGUAGUCAUCGGUCUACGGUCUGAGGCCGGGAAAGGGGACGUCACACAGUGGCAGGAGUGGGAGGGGAGAGUUGCUGAGUUACUGGGAGGAGCCUCCCAAGCAGCUGCCUCUUGCCCAGGGGCCAUGAGCUGUAGCAGGACUGGCCACGCUGGAGGCAGGGCAGCGGCACCAGCCCUUUGCCCCAGGGCCACGAGGAAGGCUGGAGGACCAGAAGGGCAGGAGGAGAUGUCUUGGCUGACUGGCGCUUUCUGCCUGGCACAGUCUCCCUCGGGGCCCAGACAUGGCCCCAGGCUCCCUCGAUCCCCAGCCUCGCAGCCCUGCAGGGGUGAAGACAGCCUAAGCUCCACCACCCCAGGCCCCAUGUCUAUGCCCCUGACCCGGGCACAGCCGGUCCCUGGCCCGGAGGCCAUGGAGACGGUGGCCCCAGCUGUGGACCUGGUGCUGGGUGCGUCAGCCUGUUGCCUGGCCUGUGUCUUCACCAACCCCCUGGAGGUGGUGAAGACGCGGCUGCAGCUGCAGGGGGAGCUGCAGGCGCGGGGCACCUACCCUCGGCACUACCGGGGCUUCGUGGCCUCCGUCGUCGCUGUGGCCCGUGCAGAUGGACUGUGUGGCCUGCAGAAGGGGCUGGCCGCCGGCCUCCUCUACCAGGGCCUCAUGAACGGCGUCCGCUUCUACUGCUACAGCCUGGCGUGCCAGGUUGGCCUCACGCAGCAGCCAGGUGGCACCGUGGUCGCGGGCGCUGUGGCAGGGGCACUGGGAGCCUUCGUGGGGAGCCCCGCUUACCUGAUCAAAACGCAGCUGCAGGCCCAGACGGUGGCCGCAAUGGCCGUGGGGCACCAGCACCAUCACCAGAGCGUCCUGGGCGCCUUGGAGACCAUCUGGCGGCAGCAGGGCCUGGCAGGGCUGUGGCGGGGCGUGGGUGGGGCCGUGCCCCGGGUCACGGUCGGCUCGGCUGCCCAGCUGGCCACCUUUGUCUCCGCCAAGACCUGGGUGCAGGAGCAACAGUGGCUCCCGGAGGACAGCUGGCUGGUGGCCCUGGCCGGGGGCAUGAUCAGCAGCGUGGCUGUGGUCGCGGUCAUGACCCCCUUCGACGUGGUCAGCACGCGGCUAUACAAUCAGCCCGUGGACAGAGCGGGCAGGGGCCAGCUGUAUGGCGGCCUCGCGGACUGCCUGGUGAAGAUCUGGCGGCAGGAGGGCCCCCUGGCACUCUACAAGGGUCUGGGCCCCGCCUACCUGCGCCUGGGCCCUCACACCAUCCUCAGCAUGCUCUUCUGGGAUGAGCUCCGGAAACUGGCCAGGCGGGGCCAGCGCCAGGGCAGCUAGGUGGCGUCCUUCACCCUGACACAGCCGGGCACGUGGCAGGAAGCGACGGCCCGCUCCAGCCGGGGACGGCCGCCCCAGAGCCGGCCCAGGCCCAGGCCCCGCCGCAGGUUCGGGGAGAAUGUAGACAGCUGUGGUCAACCCAGCCCCAUGGCCCACCCAGGGCCAGCGGAUCCACCUCGAAUCACCACCCACUCUGCUCUCCAGAAUGUUCUCUUCCCUCUGUCCUGGGUUCCCUUAUCCCAGAGCCUUACUCCUUGUUAUAAUAGCCACUCCAGGGCGUGAACGUCGCCGUGAGCUGGGCCACUUACAUGCACCAGCUCGCUUAAUCCCAUCACGGUGUGAGAUGGUAUGACUCUCUGUUACUAAUGAGAAAGUGGAGGCUCAGAAAGGUGAUGUGCUUUGAGCAAAGCCACACAGCUUUGAAGGGGCAGAGAACCCAGCUGUGCCCAGCCCAGACCUGUGCUCUUGGCAAGAGCCAGGACCAUAGAGGCCAGAGUGCCACACCCCCCACACCCCCGCCCGAGGGAUCACUGUGCAUGUGAGGAGGCCGUGGCGAGCACCCUGAGGCCGGCUGUCAUGGUCUGUGUUAAUCUGCCAGGGCCACCCAGAGGACCUCAGGCUAGGCGGCUUAAACAACAGAACAUUAUUUUCUCAUAAUUCUGGAGGCUAGAUGUCUGAUCAAGGUGCCGGCAGGGUUGGUUUCCUCUGAGGCCUCUCUCCUUGGCUUGUAGACGGCCAUCUUCUCCCUGUGUCCCCACGUGGUCUUCCCUCUGUGUGCCUGUGUCCUAAGCCCUUAUGAGGACACCAGUCAUAUUGGAUUAGGACCCACCCUUAGUGACCUCAUGUUAACUUAAUUAGCAAUACUUCCUUUAAGAAUUACUUUAAGACCCUAUCUCCAAAUCAGUCACAUUCUGAGGUUAGAACUUCCGUAUAUGAAGCUGAGGAGGGGGAGGGGACACAAUUCAGCCCAUCCGCUAAGGGCUUUUCCUGAGGGUCUCCUAGAUGCCCAGCACAGAUUCUCACGACAGUUCUGAAAGGUAGUGCUUGAGGUCCCCGUUGCUCAGGUGAGCAGACUCAGCUCCUGGGAAAGGAAGUGACUUGCCCAAGGCAGCAGAGCUGGGUGUCCUCAUGCCAGGCUCUUUCCCCACGCUGCAGCCACACUCCCCCCGACGGGCGUGUUCCCAAGGCCUGCACUGACCUCUGUGCUGGGAGGUGGAAGGUGAGUCCCUGAAGGGGCAGGACUGGCCGAGGUCAAGCAGCCUGAACUGCCUUCCCUGCGACAUCUCAUGUCUGCAAGGAGCUGUCCCCCAGGGGCCGCCCUCCUGCACACUCCAGACCAAUAAAGUUUUCUAUUUU